AUGAGUAAGCGACCGGCAGAUCAGACUUUGGAGAAUCCGAGUGCACAAAUGGUGAAGAUUAACUAUGCCGACGGCGACGAUCAGCUGGUAAGCGACGGUGACAGCCUGGUCACCAGUGACUCUGACAUUGACUCGGCUGUGGAUGAUAUGACCACAUUCCCAGGCGAAGGGAUGACGUUGGCUGACGAUCGCUGCGUUUCUCUCAACACGCGCCUCAUACUUAAGUUAUUUGGUGAUCGCUCAACCAAGCACGAGGCUCGUGCCGCUGAGUACAUUGCCAAUAUGUGGCAAUCGCCGUCACCAAUUCCAACCGUGGAAGGUUAUCUCAACUUCAUCUCGGAGAUGUAUCCAUCCGCACCCCAAUCUGGUGUUGCGAGAUCAUGGAACAAGUUGAAGAAGUACUUCUCGGGUGAGGAGAAUACCAACUUGGCAGAUAUUCAAGACUUGAUCAACAUUUCGGAGACACCUGCAACCAGCACCAACAUAUCACCUCCACUUCGCCGUGUGAGUGUGCCAGAAGCAACUUACUCGGCAUUGCGACUACGCACGACCUCAAACCGAUCGAAAGGCAACAGAAUCAGCAACAGCAGCGACAGCAACAGUACCAACAACAACGGUACCAACAGCAACAGUAGCAACAGCAGGAGCAGUACCAUCAGUGGAGGACAACUGUCGCCGGCAACGAUCCUCAAGAUGCAGACACUGUUCAGGAAGAACUUUGUCGAGUUUGGCGGCAACGUCUGGAAGCUGCCUUCUGGAGUCAUCUUGGACAACCUACUCGCGGCCCACGUUGAGAGGCUGCCAUACGAAUCCGCUUUGCGACGUCAUGGGGGUUCUGCGGCUGGCGACGGACGGGAAGGACCAAGCAUUCUUCUCGUGGAUCGACCUAAGAAGCAGCUGCCCGCCCUUUCUACACCAGAGAAGGCGUUCUUGAAGAAGUACAACCUGCUUCCAGACGAUUUGCGCAACCUACUGGCCGCCAGUAGUUAG